GCAGAGGCAGCGGGAGGAGGCGGCGGUGACGUCCGACCUGUCCGGGGAGGAAGAUGACGACUAUGUGCCCUACGUGCCCGUCAAGCAGCGCAAGCAGCAGAUGCUGCAGAAGCUGCUGCAGAUGCGGCGGAAGGUGGUGUCGGAGGAGGAGCAGCGGGACAGCGGGAGCGAGCAGCGGGGUGACGAGGAUGAUAUCCCCCUGGGGCCGCAGUCCAACAUCAGCCUCCUGGACCAGCACCAGCACCUCAAAGAGAAGGCAGAAGCUCGGAAGGAGUCAGCCAAGGAGAAGCAGCUGAAGGAGGAAGAGAAGAUCCUGGAGAGCGUGGCAGAAGGCCGAGCUUUGAUGUCGGUGAAGGAGAUGGCAAAGGGCAUCACCUACGAUGAUCCAAUUAAAACCAGCUGGAGAGCACCUCGUUACAUCCUGGGCAUGUCAGAGGCACGGCACGAUCGCGUGCGCAAGAAGUACCACAUCCUGGUGGAGGGGGAAGGCAUCCCACCCCCCAUCAAGAGCUUCAAGGAGAUGAAGUUUCCAGCAGCUAUCCUGAGGGGCCUGAAGAAAAAAGGAAUCCAGCAGCCAACACCCAUACAGAUCCAAGGCAUCCCCACGAUCCUCUCAGGAAGGGACAUGAUUGGCAUUGCGUUCACUGGCUCUGGGAAGACCUUGGUGUUCACCCUCCCAGUGAUCAUGUUCUGCCUGGAGCAGGAGAAGAGGCUGCCAUUUUUCAAGCGAGAGGGACCCUACGGACUCAUCAUCUGUCCCUCACGGGAGCUGGCCCGGCAGACCCACGGCAUCAUCGAGUACUACUGUCGCCUGCUGCAGGAGGAUGGCCUGCCCCCGCUGCGCUGUGCCCUCUGCAUUGGGGGCAUGUCUGUUAAGGAGCAGAUGGAGACAAUCAAACAUGGUGUACACAUGAUGGUGGCAACCCCUGGCCGCCUGAUGGACCUGCUGCAGAAGAAGAUGGUGAGCCUGGACAUCUGCCGCUACCUGGCCUUGGACGAGGCUGACAGGAUGAUUGAUAUGGGCUUUGAGGGGGACAUUCGUACCAUUUUCUCCUACUUCAAGGGCCAGCGCCAGACCCUCCUCUUCAGUGCCACGAUGCCCAAGAAGAUCCAGAACUUUGCCAAGAGUGCCCUGGUGAAGCCCAUCACCAUUAAUGUUGGGCGAGCGGGUGCUGCCAGCCUGGAUGUUGUGCAGGAAGUGGAGUACGUGAAAGAGGAGGCCAAGAUGGUGUACCUCCUGGAGUGCCUGCAGAAGACACCCCCGCCUGUGCUGAUCUUUGCAGAGAAAAAGGCGGAUGUUGAUGCAAUCCAUGAGUACCUGCUGCUCAAGGGUGUGGAAGCUGUGGCCAUCCACGGAGGGAAAGAUCAGGAGGAACGGACAAAAGCCAUCGAGGCCUUCCGGGAUGGGAAGAAGGAUGUCCUGGUUGCCACUGAUGUCGCUUCCAAGGGCCUGGACUUCCCAGCCAUCCAGCACGUCAUCAACUACGACAUGCCGGAGGAGAUUGAGAACUACGUUCACCGUAUUGGGCGUACAGGCCGUUCGGGCAACACUGGCAUUGCCACCACCUUCAUCAACAAGGCCUGCGAUGAGUCGGUGCUGAUGGACCUGAAGGCUCUGCUCCUGGAGGCGAAGCAGAAGGUGCCACCUGUGCUCCAGGUGCUGCACUGUGGGGACGAGACCAUGCUGGACAUCGGAGAUGAGCGGGGCUGCGCCUUCUGUGGCGGCCUGGGCCAUCGCAUCACCGACUGCCCCAAGCUGGAGGCGAUGCAGACCAAGCAAGUCAGCAACAUUGGCCGCAAGGACUACCUGGCCCACAGCUCUAUGGACUUCUAGCCUGGGGAGCAUGUUGCCCAGUGCUUCCCCCACCCCACAGGCCUUGGUUCCCUUUCAGUGGGGCAGCAUCGCAGCUGCCCUCGCCCUUAUCAAGCCCAGGGCACCCUGUCCUGUGUUGCUGUGGCCCCUUUUCCAGGCAUUUGGCCGCCGGGGGUGUUGACGGCUCACCCUGACGAAGCUCCUGCCUCAGAGGAAACUGUGGAGCUGUGCUGCAACAGCCUGUUACAUCAGUGGUGUGUUGGGCAAGCAGGUAGCAGUGCCCAAGGGAAGGAGAAGGCCCCAGGUGGGGCGACUGAUCUGUGGGCAGCUGCCUGCUGUCCCUGCCAGCCCCCUGCAGUGGCAUGGCCAGGCUCUUACGUCGCUCCUCAGCAAAGCCCCUCAAUUCCUCCAGGGCUGCAUCCCCCUUACCUGAUUUUGUGCAUCCUCAGUUGGUGGCUGUUCCCAUGUACCCCAAACACGCUCCGCUGCAGAUGGGGUGAGGUGGAGUUUGCUGUGCUCGUGUCGGGCGGUCCCUGCAGUGCUUCCUGUGCUCUGCCUGCACCCGUUCUGCCCCACUGCCCUUCUGCAAGGGGGAGGGCGGACAGACGGACACCUCCUGUGGCCCAGCCUCUGCUCCUCAUCCCACACACCAAAAAGGGGAAGUCACCGAGAGAAGGAAGUCUGCCCCGUGCAGUUGCUUUGGCUGUAGCAGUCACAUUUUCUCCGCUGCUCAUAGUUCAAGUCCCUCGGUCCUUGCGCUGGCUGCC